ACCCUGCCAGAGCUGUGCCACGUGGAAACACAUCACUGGCCUCUGCCUUUGACGGCAGACGAAACAGAAUAUAAAGAGCAAGAGAAAGAGAGGGCCAAUGCUCUGUUUUCUUUCUCAUGAGGCAGGGCGUCUUGUGUUUGACUCGAAUCAUCCUUUUACCCUUUUCCUCUGUUUUCUUCCGCCUUUUAUUUUCCAUUUUUCUUCCGCCGUUGUAUUAAUCUUCAAGCAACGAUCUCUAUAAGUUUAAACAACCCCAAAAGUUCAAACAGCCCGUCGUUUUUUGGUUUCUCGACCGACUCAUAUGCCGUGUCGAGGGCUGUAAAUGGCCCUGGAACUAAUGAUGGGAUUGAUUGACAGUUUUGCAGCGAAGGGGGAGGAGAAUGCCGUGAAGGAGGCGGCCUCCGCCGGAAUCCAGAGCGUCGAGAAGUUUAUCAGCUUGAUUUCGCAACACCACCACCAGUCCUUGUCGUCGAACACGGAAGAUGCAACGGAGUAUAAAGCGGUGGCGGACAUGGCAGUGACCAAGUUCAGGAAGGUCAUUUCGUUGUUGGACAAAGGAAGAACCGGCCACGCCCGGUUCCGGAAAGCUCCGGUAACCCAAAUUCCGACACCUUCAAUUUCAGAACCCCAUGAUCAAGAAACAGAGCAACCUUCUGUUUUCAGAACAGAACAAUCUUCUGCUUUCAAGGUUUACUGUCCGACGCCGGUGGUUUACCUUCCGCCGCUGCCGCAAAAUCCUCAUCCAAAAACCACUCCGGUUAUGCUGACAAAAGGUAUUGGGUGCGCUGAGAGAAAGAUGGAUUCUGCCGCUGCUGCUACCAUCAGUUUCUCGCCUUCGGCACCCAAAACUGCCGCGAACUCGUUCAUUUCUUCUUUAACAGCUGGGGACGCUGCUGAGCAAUCGAUCUCUUCUGGGUUUCAAUUCACAAACAUGUCGCAGUCGUCUUCCGGUAGGCCGCCGCUGUCUUCGUCGUCGUUGAAGAGGAAGUGCAGCUCCGUCGACAAUGUUUCUCGUCUCCGGUGCGGCUCUACUACGGGGCGUUGCCACUGUUCGAAGACAAGGAAACUUAAAGUGAAAAGAGUUAUUAGGGUUCCUGCAAUUAGUAUGAAAUUGGCUGAUAUUCCACCUGAUGAUUAUUCUUGGAGAAAGUACGGUCAAAAACCCAUCAAGGGUUCCCCUUAUCCAAGAGGGUAUUACAAGUGUAGCAGCGAGAGAGGUUGCCUUGCACGCAAGCACGUGGAGCGCGCUGUAGACGAUCCCACCAUGCUGAUCGUGACCUACGAAGGCGAUCACAAUCACUCCCUCUGCGUUACCGAUCCAACGGCCACCCUUAUCCUCGAAUCGUCUUGAAAGUCAACUCAUCCAACGGCCCGAGAUGUUCUUCUUUUAUUAAGAAAAAUUCGAAUUAAAAGAAGAACAAGGAAUACCAUGAUUUGUGCUGCAAAUUAGUCAACGAUCAUGCUUUGCACCGUCUCCUAGAGGAUUAGUGGGAACGCCAAUAUAAAAUUAGAUUCGUCUUUUUCCUUUGUAUUUUAAUUUUUUAUUAAUUUUUUGGGUUUUCUUGUUAAGAAUUUUAAUAUAGAAAUGAAAAGAGAUAAUAGGAUUAGGUUUAGAGAUGAUGGAUUUGGUGUUAAGUCAAUCAUGCUAACUAGUGGGUUUUGUUUGUUUUUAUUUUUAUUUAAUUAUGUUCCUGUAUACUUGUUAUUGGUGUUAUUUAAUUAAUAUAUGAUGGUGGAUUUUGAUUAGGAUGCCACUUUUAAUU